AAGGCGGUAACCAUCAUUGCCUGUGCGUUCAUUAUAUUAAAAUCGCGUCUUUGUCGAAAGAUAAUAUCGUUAAACGAGGUAUUAAUUAAGUUUUAUUACGCUUGUUACAUCUAUAAUUUAAGAUUAUUGACAGAAGAGUAAAAAGACAAAGGAGGAAGGUAAAAAUGUGUAACGACGACGACUAUAUAUUUAUAUUGGACCGUAUAAAUGGCCCCGAGAAAAUUUUACUACAUCGAUCAGGAUAUACAUAUACUUGUGGUAGAGCCAAGGAAAAUGAUAUAGUAUGCCGUAGUUCGAGAGCAUCGAAUUACCACUGUACGUUUUUUUAUAACAAAAAUGAAUUAUAUGUUACAGAUUUAAAGAGCGCUCAUGGCAUAUUUAUAAACGACGUUCAUCAACAGCCCUUUCAGACAAUUAAAUUAUAUUUGAACGAUGUUAUUGGCAUUGGAUGUCCCGCUAUUCCAAAUCUAAUCAUAAAUAAUGAUAUUUAUGCGUACAAAUUACGUGCAUAUCAACCGAUAUGCGAGGAGGAUGGUAAGAGCGUCAGCGCGCCUUCGGGAACUAGUUCGUCGAAUAAUGAAGAAACAGCUAAUGAUAUGACAGCAGCUGAUAGCGUACAUAAACGUAAACAAGAACACUCCAAUUCCGAUUUCACAUUGUCAAAUAAAAUCCCCAAGCUCCGAGAUCAAAAACGUGUGCCAGGAAACGAUGAUUUUUUAAAGCAGUUGAACGUUAUACAAGGAAAAAAUACAGAAAAAAGCAAAACAUGCGAUAAAUUAAAUGUAGAGAGGCGUAUAGAUAAGAACUUGCCUACGUGCAGUAAAAAUUGGCCAGAUGAAUCUGCAAGAUUUCCAAAAUCUGAAAAAUUUUCGAAAGCGCAAUUAAGCGGUGAAAAAAAGACAGAACGACAAGAACAGUUGAAAUCGGAGCGACAUUUGCACGCAACGGAGCAAAAUAAUCGUCAAGUACCUAGCAAAUGGGUCGAUUCUUUUUUUCUUAAUGUAGCGUUACUCAAAGCUCUUUCUGCGGAAGAGUUGAAAAUAUUAGAGGCUAACAUAAUGAUGCAACUGAAAAAAAUGAAGGAACAAAAACCAGCAGCUUUGGAAAAUAAGCACAAAGAGAAACAUAUCUUUCCUGAACCGAAAGUGAAUGUAACGACAAAGUCUGGAAACGGUAUCUAUCUCGAGCAGACGAUCGCUGGAUCCGGAAAGAAAUUUGCAACAGAGGAGCCUACAGCUUCGUCUAGUCGCAUUGCAGCAGCACAUAAUACUUCGUCAAAUGCAAAAACGAAUUAAAGUGAAAAAAAGUUUCUAAAGUAAUGGCAACGGAUUCAUAUAAAAAAAUUCUAUAAUAAAUUAUUAUCCCUGGAGCGUUUGAAUAUAUAAUUUAUAACUUGAUAAGGAUUGAGAAGAAAAUCACAUACUUAAAAAAUUCGAAAACGAACUUAUUACUUAUUAUUAUAUACUCAAAAUUAUUACAAACUGUCGGAUAUAAGAUAAAAUCAAAGAAACGAAUGAUCCGGUAAAUGAAACAAUAAUUUAUCCAAUGAUAAAGAUCAUCGUGAUAAAUGUAAAUUACAAAAGCAAAGGAAAAGAAAAUACGAAACGUAAGGUUGAAAAUUUGAAGAAUAUAAAAGUUACAUAAACGUGCGUGGUUUCGAAAGGCGUGCAAAUUUACCCACGUUUUCCAUUUUCAACGAGAUAUCCUCGUUACCUCGACGGUGACGGAAGAGGCUACAAGUGACAUAAUACCUAACUCUUUAGAAUUACACCGAUACAAAGGGACAAAGUGAUACAAACAUGCUUCUUCCGGCAAUUGUCCCCUACUACGAUCAUUAUACCGUACUACGUGACUGGAUUUACGAUCGAUCUUCCAGUCCGUGCUACGAAUCGAUACGAAAUGAUACACGAUAACGCGACCCUCCUUUUCUACUUCGACAACUUCGACAAACUACCUGGAAAAUAAAUCAUCUACUUUUACAAAUCUAUUACGAACGUAAACUUCAAGCCAAUGGAAAAAGGAAUAUUCAUCGAAUAAGAAAAAAUCACAAGUUAUAUGCACAGUAGAAUGUAAUUAAAAGGUAAUAAAAUUGAUUAUCGAAUAGUUGCGAA